UCGAUUCUCCAUAGCAUGGACACGAAUUCUACCAAGAGGCCGAUUUGGACAUGUAAAUCCAGACGGUGUAGCAUUCUACAAUGCCAUCAUCAAUGCUCUUCUGCACAAAGGCAUACAACCAUUUGUUACGAUAUUUCAUUACGACAUUCCGCAUGAACUUGAAGAGCGGUAUGGUGGAUGGCUAAGUCCAGAAAUCCAGAAGGACUUUGGUUACUUUGCAGAAGUAUGCUUCAAGAUGUUUGGGGACCGAGUGAAAUUCUGGGUUACAAUGAAUCAGCCUAACUUAUUGGCAAAAUUUGCUUACAUGAAUGGAUGGUUCCCUCCUGGUCAUUGUUCUAAGCCAUAUGGGAAUUGUGCCUUUGGAAACUCUUCAAUAGAGCCAUACAUAGUAGGUCACAAUAUGAUACUUUCACAUGCAAACGCUGCGAGUAUUUACAGAAAUAACUAUCAGGAGACACAAGGUGGAUAUAUUGGAAUUGCUGUCGCCGCAAGAUGGUAUGAACCAUUGCGAAAUACCACAGUCGACCAACUAGCAGUUGAACGGGCUAUAUCUUUCAAUGUUCCAUGGUUUCUGGACCCUAUAAUUCUUGGUGAUUAUCCUGCAGAGAUGCGCAAAAUCUUGGGUCCAACCCUACCUGAGUUCACAUUAAAGCAGAAGAAGAAACUACAUGCAACCAAACUGGAUUUUAUUGGACUAAAUCAUUAUUCGACAUGGUAUUUGAAGGACUGCAUCUUUUCAUCAUGUGAAAUGGAUCCUAUGGAUGGGGACGCGCGAGUGUUGAGUUUAGUAGAACGAGAUGGGGUGCCUAUCGGUAAAGAGACAGGAGCACCAUUCUUCUAUGAUGUUCCACAUGGGAUGGAAAAAGUGGUCAUGUAUUACAGAAAAAGAUACAACAACACCGCAACAUAUAUAACAGAAAAUGGUGUGACUCUCUGUCUUCACUAUCUUCUGAAGCUUAAAUAAUUAGUAUUUGAACUUGUUACACACUUUUGACGAGCGUCGUCUGAGUAAGACACUGCCUAUUUGGUACAUGUCUACGAGUUCAGAAACAAUCAGAGCAUUUCAUCUCAUUCGGAAACAAAUCGCUUUUUCGUCUGGCCUUCCAGAAUUACAUCUAAUGAUACCAGAGCUAGUGUUAGUGGAGAUUGGCCUGCUUGUGGCUUAUAUGCAUGAAUAACAGUCAACCAACGAUUAUGUUUCUUACUGUAUAAUUCUUGUGCAAUA